CAGUCCCCUCUCCCUCUUAAAAGAGGAAAAGAUGGCAGCCUUUAGCGGCGGGUUUGUUUUGUUACUGAUGUUUUGUACAUUUACAAACCAGGGAGCUGGACAAAAUGUCGGUCAGUUGGGCGUUCUUCACAUUGAGGGAAACGAAGAUUCACAGGACUUCUGCAUCGCCUUUAAUGAGGAGUGGGUUUCUCUUCCUACUCAUCUGGAUAGCACGCCAAAGUAUCCUUUGGUAGAAGCCAAACCUUCAACUCUUUGCAAGGAACCACAAAAUCACUCAGAGAUAAAAGAUGCUGCUGUAGCAAUACAAAGGGGAAACUGUACAUUGUUUCUAAAAGCUCUGUAUUCACAAAAUGCUGGAGCAAAAGAAGUAGUCAUUGUCAGUAAUGAUAGUUUGUUCACCCCAGUUGCCAAUUCAUCAGAAGAGUAUGCUCAAGUAACAAUUCCCAUGGCUGUGAUUAGUCAUGAUGAUUGGAUCAAAUACAAAGAUAAGGAUUUUGGAGGUGAUGUCAAAGUGCAGAUGUAUGCUCCACCCACUGAUUUAGUGUCUAAUAUUGACGGCAAUUUGGCAAUAUUGUGGCUACUUGCUGUAGGUACUGUGGCUAUUGGAGCUUAUUGGGCUGGUAUUACAAACAAGAAAAUCAUGGGAAGCAUGUUAAGAGGCAAUACUAACACCAGUGGAGAUGACAGCCAAGCUAACAGAGAGCAUGGGUCUGCUGGAGAGGACUCUUUUGAAGUGACUCCUCUGUCGGUUGUUGUAUUUGUUCUUCUGGUUUGUGGCACUUUACUGUUGCUAUACUUCUUCUAUAAGUAUCUGGUGUAUGUUGUGAUUGUUGGCUUCGCUCUGGCUUCCUGUUAUGGAUUGUACGAGUGUCUUCAUCCUCUUGUUUUAUGGCUUCCUCUUGGAGAUUGUACAGUCCCAGCCAACCAGAUUCCACUUUUGAAAAAAGAGCUGCAAAUAAGAACUGUCCUGUUAAUACCAUUCUGUUUGGCCAUUGCAAUCUGGUGGGGUAUUGAAAGGAAUAAAAGCUAUGCCUGGAUACUCCAAGACAUAUUGGGUAUAUCAUUCUGUAUAAGUCUGAUGAGAGUCAUCAGAUUGCCAAGCCUGAAGGUUUGCACACUGCUCUUGGUCCUUCUUCUAAUUUAUGAUGCAUUCUUUGUUUAUAUCACACCACUCUUCUCUGCUGGCAAGAGUAUCAUGGUUGAAGUUGCAACAGGUGGUGACAGUAAAGAAUCAUUACCAAUGGUAAUUAAGGUGCCUCGACUCAGAAUGUCAGUGUUAUCUGUGUGUCUGAGACCAUAUUCAAUCCUGGGAUUUGGAGAUAUCCUAGUUCCUGCCCUCUACAUCAGUUUCUGUCACACAUUUGAUAUCAUGAUGAACACUCCAUGCAGGAUAUAUUAUGUUGCAACUACUGUAGCUUAUGCUGUAGGUUUACUCAUCACAUUUGUUAUGUUGUUUGUGAUGGAGCAAGGACAGCCAGCCUUGGUGUAUUUGGUCCCAUGUAUUCUGAUAACUGGUGUUGUUAUUGGCUGGAGACGCGGUGACCUAAAGAAACUUUGGAGUGGACGUUUCUGAAGAUGUUGGUCAAAACGAUGAUAGUGAGGAUGAAGAAUUUAAUCAGGAAAGUUUAACUAAAAGGCUUAUAGAUAAUGAAAACUAGGAGCAGUCAAAUGUCAAUCAUUCAAUUUGUUAUUGCUAUCAAUUCAUAGGUAAAUCAGUGAGAAAAAUAUAAUUUAUUUAUAUUUUUAGGUAGUUAAAGUUAUUUUGCUAGAACUGGUUGGUAUAUUAAUAGCAGGAUUAAUUUUGUAUUAAACAAGAUAUCAUAAUAGUGGCAAUUCCUUUAUGGGCAUAUGUUUCAUUGUACAUUGUAUAUGAAUCAUGUGUUAGGUUUGACCUACUACUGAAAAACAAUUUUUGAUUUAAGAGUGAAUUUGUUAUCAUGGUGACUUGCAUGGAAAAGUAAGUCACAUAGUGAGUUAGUGUUCUUUUGGUACAACAAUGAGAUCAACUGAAAAAAUUGUAGCCAUUGGUGAUCAUGAGAGAUUCAAUCAGCUUUAACUUAAAGCACUAUUUUGAUAUCAGGGAGUUGAAAUGUCAUUUGAUAACUUUAAUUAAUAUGAUAUUACUAGAGAACACUGUAAUGGUCCCAGAAACAAGCUAAAUUGGAAUUUAUUUUUGUAUGUUACUUGGAUAUGUUGUCGUCAAACUGAUUUCACAAAAACAUUUAAAUACACAAGUGGUUUUCAUCACUGGCAAGAAUUGAAUUUUGCCUGCUACUUAAACCACUCUUGGCUAUUAUAGGAUGCUAAUAAGUUUGCUGUAAUUUUCCUAAGUUCUAUAUAUGUAGUUAUUGGUAACAUUGUCAUAUAUAGGACUUCAAACUUCCUUCCCAGUCAUCAUCUAGUAACCCACAGUGUAUAGCACGCCAGUAAAGGAUUAUUGAAGGAGUUACUGGAAAGAGGCUGGAUCAACAAGAUAAUUUUUCAUGCAGCCUACCUAAAUAAAGCAGAUAUAGGCAUGGUGGUGUCAUUAAAAAUGGAGUUAGGUUUGGUA